AGCCGUUAUUUGCAGUCGGUCCAGUCGGUCAGAAAAUGCCCACUUUCUGGAACGUUCAGAAUUUCGACAAGGCGGGGUGGCAUCAGGUAUGAGAAUUUGUCGGCGGCAGUAGCAGAAGAAGAAAGCGGGUAGCGGGUGGAAUGCUGAAAAUGCUAGUAGCUGAACAAUGGAAGUAGCGACAAUUGAGUACUGUGAACCCAAGGUCCUAGGCCAUGGCUUUUCUUUUAAAGCCUGUGAGCAGGCAAUCUUAGUGAAAGCUUACAAACUGGACAAAGGCCUUUUUCUUUGGAUUGGCUCACUAUCACAGCCAGUUCUAGAGGACCUUGCAUUGUCCAUGUCCACACCCUAUGGACAGGACCCCCUUCAAACUAAACUCCUCGGAGAUGUAUUGAAUAUGUCAUCGAUGAAUCUUGGAGCCCGUCUCUCGAAGAAGUUGGACAAACCCGUGUAUGUGAGCUUCAACAUAUCAAUGGACAAAUUGUCUCUACCAGCUAUAGAAGCUGGCAUUGUUGAAGAGAUGAAAAAAUUUCCUCUGCAGUUUUAGAAGUUUGGUGGGAAUUGUUUUAUCAACAAAGACAUUCUACUUGGCAUGUUAUAAGUAAUGUCACGUUUGUGUCAUUAAAUUUACAAUAAUCA